UAAGCCCGGAGCUUGUCUAAAUUCUAAACGCACGUAUCCUAGGAUAGGACAUAGAAGUCUUUGCAAAGCCUGGUCUGAAUUCAACAUAACUUACAAGGUCCGUCCUUUUUUGAAUAAGCGAACAACAACUCUUAACCAAUGCAACCGGGGGCCGCGAAAAAUGAAAACGUCUCCGAUCUAUAAUUAGAAGUUAAUAUCAUAUUAUUAAACCCGGAACUGAUUGACGAUAUCGAGGACAGCUUUAAUCUAGGAAAUUCCAGGAAGAGAUUUAUCGUGACAGCCACAAGAAAAUGUCUGAAAAUAUGGAUGGAAGAGGUGAUUGCCCGCCUCAACAAACAAGAGAAGAAUUUGAUUCAAAGACCUACUCUGAAAAUGUAAAGUUUGUAGGCAGAGCACUGGUAGUAAACAACGAUCAAUUCAGAGGUUCAGGAAAUAAUCCCAGUCCAGAACGUAGAGGCUCUACGAUAGAUUUUGAUGCAGUCAUAGCAUUGUUGAAGGAUUUGGGAUUUGCAGAAAGUCAUAUUGAAUCUCAUCAAAACUUGACAAAAGGUCAACUGAAAGAAAUAAUUGAGGAAGCUGCCGGUUAUGAAUACAAUGAUUUUGGAUGUUUUGUUUGUGUGAUAAUGUCAUUUGGUGAGCCGGGGAUCAUUAUCUGUCCUGGAGAAGACGGCAAGGAGGACGAACGCUGUGAAAUCAAGGACAUACAGGCACCAUUCACUGGAGACAAAUGCUCAAAAUUAGCAACAAAACCAAAGAUUUAUUUCAUCAUGGGAAACAGUAACUAUCUGGAAAAACAUGGAAGGGACGGGCGUGAUGAGGAAAAGCCCUCAAUAAAGCUGGAAACAAAAAAAAUACCCCGAGAGUGUAACUUCAUCACUCAAUUCUCAGAAGGAACUGAUCAGGGUAAGAUAUUGUUCAUAUAUAAACCAAAAGGACACCCAAUUACCUUUCAAGAUUAAUUUUUCUCCCAUACUUCACAGGGUUAUCCGGCCAUUGCUAGGGAAAAGAUUAACUAAUCUUACACGGGGUAGGUAAAGACAGCUGGCACGCGCUAUAUAACGCUGUAACAAUAACGUAACGUCAUCAUUUUACGUUGAGUAACCAAGUCGCAAAUGAUGACGUCAUCAAUUUCG